AUGGACUGGCCUCACGUCGAGGUUAUUGUCAAGACGGAUAAGAUCCGACCGCCGGGAAACAUCCCUUUUUACAUACAUGAAUCUGACACCGUCCGAAUGGAGGCGACUACAAAUGCACAAAUCUGCGGCUACUUUUCCAACAAUGCAGGUAAGCACCUACAAAUAUGGCUGGGACACCGGCUAACUGCUACUAUUCGCAACUACAAAGACUACAAGGCGGGCUGCGCUUCGCCAUCCACCUGCAGCACUCCCAGCGGAGGCAAGUCAUGGGGCUGUUGCGAUGAUACAAGCUGCUAUAUCCCCGCUACAUGUGAGGAUGCUUCAGUUCCCAAUUGUGGAGGUACUGCUGCCUCACUCUGCCCUUACUCUCCCAUCAUGAAAUGCACCUACGGAGCCUCGUCGCGGUGCCUCUACUUUGUUUACCAAACAGGUUCUGAAGACGACGCCAAGCUUACCUCCUGGGGUUGUGGGGAGACCCCGACGACAUACAUCGUCGGACCGCUUCAAGCUGACCAAACAUCAUCAGCGACAGCGACAGCUUCGACGAAUAAUGGAACAGACUCAAGCUCCGGUCUUUCAAGGGCAGCCACGAUCGUUGUUGCUGUUAUUGUCCCUGUUGUAGGCUUGGCGAUUCUUCUAGCUGCAGUAAUGUUGUUCCUCCGGCGGCGUAAGAGAAGAGCGAGUGAGGCGGUUAUUGCGUCCAGCCAAGUCCGUGAACAAACAAGAUCUGAAAUGGAUCAAACUACGGAUUGUGCUCCUGUACCUGAAGUACCCCCGUAUGAGAUGGGUGACAAUACCAUGCGGCCCGAACUAGACAGCCGUGAGGUUCGUUAUAGGACCAAUUAA